UCCCCAAGAGACGUGCAGACGUCAUGGCAUCCCUGUGAACCCGCAACAACGCUCACGGGGCAACGCAGCUGAUCACAGUAGCGAGACAGCGACGGAAAGGCACCGGAACACCGAUUACAGUACCUCUUUGUCCUCCUUAGGGCAUUACCACAUCCUACAUACAAACCCGCGACCUCUCCGCGACCCUUGCCACUUCGCAUAGCGCACUCGCCUAAAUCGCUUGCCUGGCUGAACCACGUCGCUGUGCUUGACGCUGACACGCCAAAAUGGUGCUCGGUCACAGGCGGCAUUCCGCUGCCAGCAGCCGUGCUUCGCAAGACGACGGCCGUGAAGUGCAGACCGACGACGAGACGGUGGUGGAUGCUGAGCAGGGCAAUGUACUCAUGCAUAUCAUCUCACAGCUACGGCCAGGCGCCGACCUGAGCAGAGUAACUCUGCCAACCUUCAUUCUGGAACCACGGUCCAUGCUUGAACGGAUAACUAACUUCAUGGCUCAUCCCGAGCUACUCCUCCCCAUAGAGAAAGUCGACGACCCCGUACAAAGAUUUGUGGCCGUCACAAAAUUCUACCUCAGUGGUUGGCACAUUAAGCCUCCUGGUGUAAAGAAGCCUCUCAAUCCCAUCCUCGGCGAAAUAUUCACCGGCUGGUGGGACUAUCCUGACGGCACGAAAGGAUACUACAUCGCUGAGCAGACCUCGCAUCAUCCUCCCAAAUCCAGCUACUUUUUCAUGGCUCCAGAGCAUUACAUUCGCGUAGAUGGGACGUUGAAACCGCGGAGCAAAUUCCUAGGCAACUCCGCCGCCAGCAUGAUGGAGGGCAUUGCAAUCCUGCGGCUUUUGAACAGGGGCGAAAGAUACUUCAUAACGCAGCCAAAUAUGUACGCACGGGGCAUCUUGUUUGGAAAGAUGAAGUACGAGUUAGGCGAUCACGCGUACAUUCGGUGCCCGGAAAGUGGCCUCAUGGCCGACAUCGAGUUCAAAACAAAGGGAUAUUUCGGAGGAACGUACAAUGCAAUUGGUGGCUUCAUCUCCGAAAUAAAGACCGGUAAGCAUCUUUUUGAGCUAUCUGGACAUUGGAACGCGGAAAUGUACAUCAAGGAUUUGAUCACUGGAAAGAAGGAUCUGCUGUUCGAUGCCACACACGCCAAGGAGACGCCACCAUUUGCAAGACCGAUAGAAGAGCAAGAAGAACGUGAAUCGCAGCGACUCUGGCGAGAGACAAAUCUGGCAAUCAAGGCAAGAGAUCACGUGGGAGCAACAAAUCACAAGACCGAAAUCGAAGAAAGACAACGGCAAGAAGCUGCGAAGAGGGCCGAUGAGGGCAUUGAGUGGCGACCACGAUUUUUCAGGCCAGUCAGAGGCGGUCCCGGGGGGCCUGAAGAAGGUGAGGAAGAUCUGGAUUGGAUCAUCCACGCGAAAAUCGACGGAGCAACACCUGCCGAGCAGGUAAAGCAGAUACUCAACAUUGCAGCCAUUCUCCCUGGCCAAAAGCCGGAGAGGAAGUUCAAUAUUCCAGCCCGACGAGAGUCAGAGCUCUCGCGACAUGACUCUCGCCCGGAAACUAGUGCACACCAGUUCAAAACCUCAGACUCGGUGACGACCGAUGAAAAUCUAGUCAACUUUCACGGUGAACCUAAGCAUGAGCCCAAGCCCGAUGACAGCCGCGCUGUGAGCAAAGCGAACCCGGCACUCACGCAAGACCCACCGGGGUUUGAGAGACCUCAGUUGCUCAAAGACAUAACAAAUCAUGGACAGGAACAGCAAAAAGCUAACACUGGUGGCGCAGCUGCGGACUUGACUGAGUUGCAGGACGAUCUGGGGAACCUUCAGGUCGCAUCCGACGGCUCAAAAGGCCUCACAUCUUCGACAAGCGACCCUAAAAGAGGCGGGCUUAAGCGGAUGGAUUCCGAGACGCACGAGGAGGACGAGUUUGUUGACGCUGAGUCAUGAGAGGCUGGACAUUCGUUAUAGCUUUUUAACCAAGCAGGAUUCAACUCUGGAUACCUAGAAGGCACAUAGCUUGCGGUCAACUGGAGUUCUUUGUGCAGAGCAUUUCCCCAUAUGUUUGGCGGUACGCUUUCUGCGAGGCAUGCGGCAUGUGUUGACGAAACGUACAGAUGAGAGAUAUACUAGGGCACUUUCUUUCUUCUCAACAUAGAUCACGCUGAAAGCGGCGGUGCAGAAGCCCACUGUCUGGCAUGUUUCACUUUUCCGAAAACAUCGGGAUAUGGUAUUUAUUGGUUAUGCUAUAAAUUACUUGCAAACUCAUUCCGUCUUCA